UCACAGUCAAUCCGAGAAGUGACAGGCUAUGUGUUGGUGGCGCUGAACCAGUUUGACUACCUGCCCUUGGAGAACUUGAGGAUCAUCCGAGGAACAAAGCUAUAUGAGGACCGCUACUCCCUCGCAAUCUUCCUCAACUACAGACGCGAUGGAAACUUUGGUUUGCGCCAGUUGGGUCUGAGAAACCUCACAGAGAUCCUGAGUGGAGGUGUUUAUGUUGACCAGAACAAGUUCUUGUGUCAUGCAGACACCAUCCAUUGGCAGGACAUUGUCAAAAACCCUGGGAUGCAUCCUGUGGUGGUGCCCACCAACAGCAGUGUCACAUGUAAGUAACCCAACAAAAACACAUUUAGAAUACAAGAAGAUUGGAUUUUACUCUAACCGUUCUUUAAAGAAAUGUUUUCUUGAGAGCAUUGCUGUGGCUCCACACUUACAUGUUUACACUCAUUUACACUGGAAGCUGCAUGGCGAAAAAGCACUGA